AUCAUACUCAGUGCAUGGCCACUCUAUAAGAUGCUCAUUUGCAUUUGCCUCACUCCAUCUGACUGAUUGAAACUUAACACCAGAGGUAACCGUUCUCUCUCUGUCAAGAUUUAUUUUGGUUAAGACAAGUUUUGCUUUCUGUGACUGCUCUUUGGGGAGAUGGUCGUUUCUGUGAAGGAUUUCCACAUUUCUCAUAUCUGGAGGUUUUCUUCCACUACUGUGUGUCUUGUCUUUUCUGCUGACAAGACGACCUGAGGAGUCAUACUGUACAACCCACACUAGUGUUUGGUCUUGCUCUGGGAAUAAAAUCUCUCUGUGUCUCUCGUUGUGUGCUGGGACCCCUGGUGCGUGGACCUCGCUCAAGUACUACUUGACUACCUCUUGGAGGAUCCUUUUUCAGUUCCUUAUAAUCUCUGAUCGGAGAGAUUAUGGCUGAGGGUGGUGUCCCGUACCCCUCCGUGUUCAUGGUGGAUAGCCAUGCAGCCUACCCACCGCUGCCCCCCAAACCGAGACCUCCUGGUCGGGGUGGUGUGGCCCAAAGCCUGCUGUUCUUGCUGGUUGGUCUGGCUUUGUGUGGCUUGGCCAUAGAGGCCUGCUUCAUCUACCACCUCUACUCCAAACAGGGAUCUGUGGAGUCAGGGUCAGCUGGUAUGAGUAUCCAAGACCAAGAAGACAUUCCGAAGGAGGUUUCCCCAACUUCAAGACCAAACCCUAUUGUGUUGCCUUCAAAACCUGUUGCACAUCUGACAGCUGGACCUCAAGCACCCCAUGGAGAUGGAGUCAUGGUAUGGAACAUGCAGGCAGAACCAAUCCUCCAUGAAAUGGAGUACAAAGAUGGGAAGCUUGUCAUCCAGAAGGAAGGCUACUACUACGUCUACUCUAAGAUCUUCUUCAGUGAGGUCGAUGUUGCGUUCACACACUCGGUCUGCAGAACUACUCCACGGUACCUUGGGAAGGACAUUGAACUCCUUAAGUCCAGGAGAUAUCACCCCAAGUUUGGGAAAAUGAUGUCCACAUCAAACAGCUACCUGGGAGGGGUGUUCCACCUCUUUGAAGAUGACUCCAUCUUUGUCAAAGUGAAAAAUGUCACUCAAGUUCGGAUACAACAUUCCACAGAGAACGUGUUUGGUAUCUAUAUGAUAUAAUACGGGUUGAUGAUGAAGAUACAUUUUUUUAUAUAGCUGGCUGAUUAUCAUUGGUUUAAGGCAUAAUAAUACUGUAGGCCAAUUUACAUGUAAUAUUGCUACGCAGGGCCUUCCCCCUUCCCGGCACACCUCAUUUUCUUUAAACAAAUCCUUGCAUCAAGAUGCAAUUCGAUGCGUGGAAAAUUUACUGUUGACGAAAAAGCCCUUUAUAAUAAAGCCAUAAUAAUGUUUGCCAUACACUAGGCUACAGUUGAGCAGAGGCGUUUUUAGGAUUUCCACACAUGGAUUUUUUUAGCAGGGUCGUAAAAGAAUCUGCCUUUGAAAAAAGGCAUUUCAUGCAGUUCUACGUCAUUUACAUGAAAGACAUUGGUUGAAUCGUUUUAUUACCACACAACUGACUGAAAUGGCUGGCUACUCUGACACUGACAAACUGAGAUCAAUCUGGCCUUGAAUUCAAACAAACAAUAGCCCAGGCCAAUGAAGCGACACACAGAUUGUACAAUAUUAGGAGGCAAUAUAUAUAUAUAUACUGUAUAUCAUAGUUUACAGUAGGUUACUAAAUAAAAUGUUGAGUGGAGGGCCUCCCGGGUGGUGCAGUGGUCUAAGGCACUGUUUCGCAGUGCUAGCUGUGCUAGCUCUGUCGCAGCCGGCCGCAACCGGGAGGCACAUGGGGCGGCGCACAAUUGGCCCAGCGUCGUCUGGGUUAGGGAGGGUUUGGCCGGUAGGGAUAUCCUUGUCUCAUCGCGCUCUAGCGGCUCCUGUGACAGGCCGGGUGCAGUGCACGCUGACCAGGUUGCUAGGUGUACAGUGUUUCCUCCGAUACAUUGGUGCGGCUGGCUUCUGGGUUGGAUGCGCGCUGUGUCAAGAAGCAAUGCGGCUUGGUUGGGUUGUGUUUUGGAGGACGCAUGGCUCUCGACCUUCGCCUCUCCCGAGUCCAUACGGGAGCUGCAGCGAUGAGACAAGACAGUAACUACUACCAAUUGGAUACCACGAAAUUGGGGUAAAAAAAAUCAAUGUUGAGUGGCACACUGAUUCACCUAAGGAUGAAGAUGAAGCCAUAGGCUUCUCACGGUGGCAAGUUGUGGCAAUAGCCUAUCUCAAGAUGAGCUACUUUUAAAAACAGUGCUGCUGUUAGCUAAAAAUUGGGAGUUGUUAUUAAGAAAAACAAUUUAUUGGUUCUAAAGACAGAUUUGGUCAGGAGGUAACACAUUAUGUUGAUAGUCUGCCCUCAAGAAUAAGAACAAAAGAACUGCAAGAACAUUACCUCUGUAUGCUAGUGUUCAAUGCAUAUUUUUAUUCUUUAUUCUCUUAUAUAUUAUUCUCUUUAUUCUGUUAUAUUGACCUGAUUAAAAAUAAUAUAUCCAUAAUAGUGUAAGGAAAUACAUAAUAUAGAUAUAGGGAAAAAUAUUUAGAUAUUUAGAUAAUUCGAAAUAUUGACAAGUAGAUAUAUUCUACGUUUUUGAAACAAUUUAAGAAUACCUGAUAUUCAGGUAAAUUGCAUGUAAAUCACUGCAGAAUGACAAGGUCAAAUGUUGGACUAUCUUUUUCCCUCUUUGUAUACCCUCCAUAAAAUGACCAAGUAAUUAACUCAUUUCAGUACCCUCGACCUGUUGUAUUUCACCUUUUGGUGUUUUAUAUUUAUUUAACAUUUUAUACAAAUGUAAAGUAGUCAUUGUCCUCCAUAUUCUGAUAAACAGGACUUAUCAACUUCCAUAUAUAGUGAGAAAUAAAAUAAAAUAUAUGUUUUUUUCUUCUUGGACGCUAACGCUAUGCAAGCAGUAGGCUAUAGCUGUAACACAUACUGGGUAUUUUGUAUAUUCUAUCCUGCAAAUAUUAAAAUAAAUACAUGUUGAAUUUUUUUUCUUU